CCCCUCCACGCCACUAGGUGGUGAUGGUAAAGAGGAAGUGCUUCAUUUGCACAUCACAACAGCGUUCAUCCUCAUUGCAGUUGGACUUGUAAGGUCACCCAGCUGGACAACAGAAGGUAUGGGUGGGGAUCACGGCCACAAAGUGGCCCUGCCAGAUUACAAGGUUUGGAAGUAUGAGGGAACACCGCUGGAAACAGUGCAGCAGAGGCUGGCCAAGAGGGGACUGAGGGAUCCAUGGCUGAGGAAUGAAGCCUGGAGAUUCACGGGACAAUUCGGCGUUCCAGUCAAAUUGUCAGAUGUCCUCCUACGUGGAUUCAAGAAAGGAUUCGUCGCUUUUGCCGUGUGCCUGGCAGUGGAGUACGCUCUCUUCCCUCCCAAGAAGUCAGAGCACCACUGACCACCACGACUCAUCAGAGAUAUUUCUCCUUUGGAUAAAUAAGAGCUGGACUUGAGCAGGAUCUAAAACGCUGUGUGAUCAUAUUGAUGUUUAACCCAUGAAGUUUUCCCCCAGGAGUAUUUCUUGGAUGUUGUAAUUAGAUUGUAUGGUCAUGUAUGAAUACAUUCAUUAAUAAAUAUAAUAUAAAACUA